AUGGAUCGAUUUUGCUGCGUUCUGCUGUUUUUUCGACCAAUUAUGAGCUUUCAAAUAGCUCCCACUAUUGAGUGCCUUCACUGGCGAUCUUGUUUGUCACUGGCCUUUGAUGUCUUGCUUUCCCAGGGUGUGCUGAACACCAGGCCUUUCAUGGAAUAUGCAAGCGGUGUUUGUGCUUGUGGUCCAAGCAAAUACGGUUUCAUGGUUAUCUGCCCUGCGACAUGCAUAGGUUUGUGUUCCUCUCACAAACCUCGCCACUACUGCCUUGCUCGAAAGCUUUCAGACCGUCUCAUGUUGAUCAGCCCCUCUAACACCCUGCCAGCUGCCUUUACUGCCUGA